AAGUGCCGACAACACGGAAGUGGCUUUUUGUUGUCUUAAGGAGAUCCAUUCCACACAGCUUAAAGAGUACUUCUAUAUUUGUAACAAAUUAGUAGACAAUGGUUUCACAGGACUAAGAUGACGAGUAAAUAACAGUUGGCUUUCUUAAAUUACCGCACCCUUCUCAGGUUUGUUGUCUUGGAACCGGAGACAUGCUCUGGCGUGUUGGUUUACAAUUGGCUACCAUUUAAUAUUAAACGCAUCUCACUCGCCACUCUUUCAGCCUCCUCUCGAAGGAGGCAGCCGCUGUCUGUCCGCUGUCCUGCUCAGAGUCUCUUGUCUAUUAUGUGUCAUCUACAGCUGAGGACGCUGAUUUUUGUUGCGUGGGUGCUGGGCUACGUCGCCUUCCUGCUGUCCGUCCGGAGGAUGUGGACGGGGAAGUAUGCCCGCAGCCCUCUCGUCCGUUCGCUCUUUGCGAACAUGGUGAGCGAGAGCGACGCGGCCGCGUCUGAGACGCAGGAGUGGUAUCGGUGCUGUCCUGACUUGCUGGGAGAAUCCCUCCAACCCUUGUUCAUCCAGAGCCACCUGGACUUGGGGACCAAGGCAUUCCUCAAGCAGAGUGUGGAGAAGUCUGGUUGGAUGUUCACUCAGCUCUAUCACUCAUUUGUGUCAUCUGUCCUCAGCCCUCUGGUGUCACGCACCUCGAUCAAUGGGUUUCUCGGUCGGGGAUCUAUGUUCGUGUUUUCUCCGGACCAGUUCCGACAGCUGCUCCGCAUCGAUCCAGACUGGAGGGCUGAGAGGCUCCUGGACCUCGGAGCCGGAGAUGGUGGCGUCACAGAGGUGAUGGGUGCCCAUUUCAGGGCGGUCUAUGCAACUGAGGUCUCGCCGCCCAUGAAAUGGCAUCUCCAGAGGAGGAAUUACAUGGUGCUGGGUAUAGAUGAGUGGCAGCAGACUGGUUUCCAGUAUGAUGUGAUCAGCUGUCUGAACCUGCUCGACCGCUGCGACGAUCCUCUGCACCUCCUGCAGGACAUCAAGCGAUCGCUAGUUCCCAGGACAGGAAGGCUCAUCCUGGCUGCUGUGCUUCCCUUCCAGCCUUACGUGGAAGUCGGAGGCAAAUGGGAGCGUCCCAAAGAACACAUAAUACUCAAAGGAAAGACGUGGGAGGAGCAAGCAACCAACAUGUCCAAUGAGGUUUUCCGACGAGCGGGCUUUGAGGUGGAGGCGUUGACCCGGUUGCCAUACCUCUGUGAAGGGGACAUGUAUAACGAUUACUACGUUCUCGACGAUGCAGUUUUUGUUCUCAAGCCCUCAGAUGUUAGCGAGGAGUGAACACUGAAUGCAUCGUGAGAAUGAUGGAGGCCCUUAUUUUCCUAACAUUGUCUCUUUUUCGGUGGCUUGCUGGAUUUCAGUGCAAUUUUCACAAGCUUCAUACAUAAGUAUUUCUGAUUUGUUAGGAAAUGGUGAGUCAGGUGUGAAGCUCAGGUACUGUGUCUCCCGUUUACCAGCCAUCUUGUGUGACAGUGAUACCUCUACUUUUUAAACAAAACAAGAAGAACUGAGGCAGUUAGCCUAUAAUGAAUGCCACUGAAGAUAAAAUCUUCUAAUACAUAUCACCAUGUGAUAAGUAUUUAUCUUAUAAAGUAUGUUAUUUGUAUUUACUGUUGGCAAUUCAUCAUUGUAGUUAUUGUAUUUGAAUAUGUCAAAUGUUCAAAUGUGUACUUUCAUCUUUAGUGUCUAAUGCAGGGGACCAGUGUAUGCACACUAAACUUAUCAAUUUAAACUGGACUCCCUGUAUUUUACUGCUAACAUUUUUAUGUCAGAAUUGAUGAGGCCUUCUUAAAGCAAGCCUGUUUAACUUAUAGAGUAUGUAUCAAAGAGCAACCACUGUGGCUCUGCUAAGAUGCAGAGGGUGAGACUGAUAAUCUGAUUGUUAAUCCGUUUUGUGCUGGGUGGCUGUGCUAGAGGUGUGCGCGCGUGUUAAAUUAAGAAAGACUGUCUUUAAAUUUCCUUUUUCUGUUACUCAACCUGGCUUCAAAUCCACGUUGUGCACUCAGAAGCAUAGUGCACCACCAACUGUUUAAAAAUGUGCCACAAUGAAUGCAAUAUUUCUAAGGGUGUGAAAUGAAUAAAGAGUAUGCAUUUUUGUGUGAUUCCUGGAUCUUAUUUUCCAUGUCGUCAGCCAAGUGUAAUGUGACGUUGAAAUACUCUAUGACUGUACCAGGAACAGAAUAAAAGCAUGCAAAUCAGUUUGGGCUGUUUGACCCAAACACUUGACCAUUCA